CUUAAGUCAUCGUUGACAUCUAAAGUUUUUUAACUUUGCUUGAGUAAUUUUUUGAGUCCCUUUAUAUUUACUUUAAUUUACGUCACAUUUGAAUACAUGACACAGUACAUAACUGCACACUGUGGUCUGUGAUUACCGAUCUUCACAGUAUUGUUUGUAAAUACAAAUGUAAGGUCUAAGCUGUAGCUUACAAAAGAUUAUUGAAGUACAUGUUAUGACAUUGAAUGUCUACUGUUUUUGACAUGCGGAAAUUGGAGGAAAUUGAAUUGAGUGAUUAGACUGACUAAUAUAAAUUACAAUGGUAUUGUAAUUUACACUCACUUGUAUUCACACUAUAAAUUUGCCAUUGAUAGCUAACCUAGUUAUUUAAUAUUUUAAUAAUAUUUACCAUCCGUAUAUUUUAAUUUAUAAUAAAUAGUUAAUGUUUUUUAAAAAAUAUUCAAAAGAAUAUGUCGUUUUCUUACCUACCCUUUUAUUUAAAAGGUGAAGUUGUGAAAGGUUUUGGAAGAGGAUCAAAGGAUUUGGGUUGUCCAACAGCUAAUUUUCCAAGGGACGUAGCAAAAUUAUUGCCCCAGGAUGUAAAACCAGGUGUAUACUAUGGAUGGGCGAAGGUAGACUCAGAACCAGUUCAAAAGAUGGUAGUAAAUAUUGGAUGGUGUCCAUUCUAUCAGAAUAAGGAGCUGUCUAUUGAAACCCAUGUAAUGCAUGAUUUCGGAAGAGAUUUUUAUGGUUCCACCUUAAAAAUUUGUAUAGUUGGAUAUCUAAGGCCCGAAAAAAACUUUAAAUCCCUAGAAGAAUUAAUAGCAGCCAUUGAACAAGAUAUAGAAAAUGCUCGAGCAGCUCUCGAUCAGCCAGACUCUAUCAAGUUAAAAGAUGACACUUUUUUUUCUGAUCAAUGAGUAAUACCGUAUUAUAUUUUGUAGCUUUAUAAUUUUGUUACAUUACUUUUAUAAGUAGUAAAUCUGUUAUCUUGUAGUAAACCACAAAUUUACAUUGUUUUAUUUGUUAUUGACAUUGUUCAAUUGUUUAUAUAACCCAGUACCUUCAAAGAUAAUAUAAAAUAUGUUUAUUUUACAUAUAGGAUAUUGCAAUAAAUGAUAAAUUGCCGGCAGGGAAUUCCAAUAUGUGAUAUUUUUAUACAACUUGUUGUGAAUAAAUUAUAUAUUUAUUA